UGCUCUUGCUCUCUCUCAAAAUAAAUAAACUUAAAAUAAUUAAAAAAAACAUCAGGCUUCACUAUUUUGCCAGGCUUUUCUCCCUCACUUAUAAAUGUAUUUUAUUUGUGAUUUCUCAUUUAUUCCCACUGCUGUCAAUUAAGCACACAUAUCUUCCCUGGACACUGCUCUCAAGAGGUCUCAGGUCUUUGACUUCCUCAAUUCUUUUUCCUCACUUCUACCAGAAUUCUAAAUUACAAAACUGAUCUCCAGGGCAGUGGUUCUCAAAGCAUGUUCCCUGGCUCAGUAACACCAUCAGCUCGCAACUUAUGAGAAAUGCAAGUUCUCAGGUUUACUAAAUGAGAAAUUGCAGGGGUUGUGUCCAGCAAUGGCUUUUUAACAAACCCUGCAGGUGAUUGGGUGCACGUUAAAGUUUGAGAACCACUGCUCUGUGCUUAAAACCCUGUCCCUCUCUCCAGUUAUUUGUCUCCACACAAGUGGCCCCAAUGUGCCUACACCUAUACCCUUGAAAAUGCAUUGCAGUUCUUUUUCUGAGAGCCCCACAGAAUAUGUCAGAGUUAGCAUUGCUCUCUUUAUGUUGAAGCUUAUGGGAUUCCAGAAAGAGAUCUCUGCCUCUAUGCCCUUUUUCCCCUUUUUAUAAGGACACCAGUCAUAUUAGAUUAGGGCCCACACUAAAGACCUCAUUUUAACUUGAUUACCUCUGUAUAGACCCUGCUUCUAAAUAUGGUCACAUUUUGAGGUACUGGGGAUUUGGACUCUAUAGAUCUUUUUUUCGAGGGCGGGGGGGCAGGGGAGAGGGGGACAGGAUUCCACCCAUAACAAGGACCGUAGAAUUUUACAGGAGGCUCUUGGGGGGGGGGGGUGGGGAAUAUCCUUUAUGUGUCCCAACAUCACCAUGGGAUUAUUUUUCCCUUCUCUUGGGAAGCAUAAUUGAUUAAUAGACAAUGACUAUUGUCUAUUUUUAGGAAAGUAAGCCCGGUCUGGCGGCUUCUUCCCUGACAUAGGCUGUAUAUUUGCAAGAGAGAGGGAAGCAUAAAGCAUAACCAUACACAACCUCCCUGUUUAAAGCUCUUUGUGUAAAGUUGCCCCCAAAUAUCCUUAAUUUUAUCAAAUAAAUAAUGUUAGCCAAAUAUGAUUGCAUGUCACAAGGGAGCCACAAUUUCCAUCUUCAGAAGGCAGAAAAUUAGCCGAAACAUCACCCAACCCACAUCCCCCAGCCUUUCUCUGUGACACAGGCACCUGUUUUUCUCUGAAGACUAGGCACUAACUGAAUUUAUUUCUCUGCUACUGCCACACACUAGCAAAAGAGACACAUCAGCUAUUGGCAUUCUGUAAUUUCCACUUAGAUGUAAUCAAAAGGAGCAUGGAAACCAAAGUUUGGUAGGCCCAGAACAGAAACGCUGACAUUUGGAGAACUGAGGUGUGUCUACCUUCCCUGUGUCAAGAAGAGAAUAGGUGUGAAUCUUUUUUCUCCCCCAUUCUGGAACCUGGCUUGGGCUUCCGGGGAAGAUGAGAAGAGGGAAGUUCUCCGGAAUUCCUGGGUGCUAGGAGCACCCGUGCGGGCUCAGAAUCAUGGCUCUGUCCCCAGGGAAGGGCGUGUCUGGCUAUCUCCGUCCGUAGUCGCCCGUAAUAACAGGCGCCACGUGGCUACUACUGAUCAGGGGAAAGGGGACCUGUCUGGCAGACGAAGAGUUAGUUCUAAAGAAAGGGACAGAAGGCUUCCCAGCAGCAGGAACCGAUCCAUUCUGACAAAGCCUUCCUUUCGGGCAAGCAAGACGGGGGGGGGGGGGGGGGGGGGGGGAGGAAGACUCUGUAGACUCUGUUCCGUCCAGACUAGGGAGCUGGCGGAGAUUGGCACCGCCUAUUUGCAGUUAGGUCUCAAAGGAGCAAAAGGGAACCAGGAGGCAAGCUUUUUUUCUCGGUGGUUUUAAUUCACGUCCUACGCUUCCUGGAGACUCGAAGACUUCUCUCCUGGCUUCGGAACCGAAAAGUAUCAAACUCAAAAUGUAGCAAAACUGCCGCUUUGGUCUUCUUUACCCCACCAGCCCCACCCCGAAGCUAUCUGGAGUCUAAAAGAGUUCAUUCAUCCGUUCAAUAAAUACUUUCUGAGCGCUUACUAGGUGCUAGGCGGAAGCUGACGCGACCCCUGUCUUUGGAAUGCUCUUAGAUUCUAGAUCCCAAGAGCUUCGCUUCCGGAGCGGAUGGUUUGGUUUGAAGAUCUUUCCCUUUAGCUACUGGAGUGAGAAGAGCUGUUCCGAGGUGCCUCUGGUCUCUCUGCUACUACGGCACCCCCUCCCAACCCACACUCUGUCUCUCCCUCCAAGUUCACCACAGGACAGCAAAGGAGAUGUGUUAAGCAGGAAGCUUAUGGUCAAGGGAGGCAAGUUCUCACCAGCUCAGGACAACCUUGUGAGGCCUCUCCGUGACUCAUCCCUGAACCAAGAAUAUCUGCCAUAAAUGCCUGAUUCUGCCUGUAUGGAGAUUUCUCUUCCUUCAAGAUUUGUAAGAAGAGAGUACCCCAGAUCUGAGAUGGAUUCUUUCUUUCUGCUGCUCCUCGGCCUGGGUUUGGUUCUUGCAGGAGCUCCAGAAAGCAUAAUGGAGAUAAUUAACGAAGAAUUUUCGGGGGAAGAGAUGUACUAUGAUGUGGCAAACAGGGACCAAGAAAAACGGACUAGCGAGGUAUUAAUGAACUUGACUCUGUUACAUAAAAAUACUAGUGCCAGUACGUCCAAGGAUAGUCUGUCUUCCUCGUUAUUGACAUUCAGAAGAUUACAUUAUAGCUUCCCCGGAGGAGACAGCCCAGGUAACGACAAAGAGUAUUGCAAUGACGUGGUGGUCUGGAGAAAAGUUUCCGAAGCUAAUGGGUCAUGCAGGUUGAGCAAUAACUUCAUCCAUGGCUCCAUGGAAGUGAUGCACGGGGUCCCCAAGGCCUCCAGCUGCAAGUGUGGACAGAAUCUUGGCAUCAACUGCUCUAGGAGCCCACGUCUGGAGACCACUAUGUGCCAGCUUACUAUGGACAAACAGUUCGCCAGGUGCCAAUACCACAGCAAUACCUCAUUAAAGAAAAUAUUGGCAAUGCUGACAGGUCAUUCUCUGAUGAGCUGGUUAGUUAGUGGCUCCAAGUUGUAAAUCCCACAGGGCUUUGAGACUGGAGUCUCUCUAAAGAAAGACAUCCUUAUUCUCAUUAUUGUUUAUUUCCUUCUAUUAUCCGUAUCUACCAUUUCAGCAAUAUAGCA